AUGUCCUCCUCCAUCUACAACCAUAAACACCUUCAGCCCACAGGCGCUUCUACCCAGGGUCCCUCCCAGCAACAGCACACGCAAGCCAGGCUCAAUGAAUGCUUCGACACCAUCCGCGCAGAAUUCGACGUCGUUGCCCAGGAGCUUGGCGUUCUCCGUGGUCAGCGCGAUGAUCUCGACAACAAGGUUACAGGUCAGGUGAAUGAGCUGAAUAUAAUCCGCCAGUCCCUCUACGAGCUCGAGACUUCGCACGGCAAGAUUCGACAGCAGUACGAGGACGAAAUUCGCGCGCUCCGCCAGGAGCUCCAAGCUCUACGACAUCAAGGCCGCGAGCGCGAGACUCUUGGCCUUGCUUCCCUUGGCCGCGAUCGAGAACGGGAACGGGACCGCGAACGCGACAGAGAUAGAGACCGCGAUCGCGAGCGGGACAGAGACAUCGGAAUGGGUCCUGGUAUGCGUGGUGAAGCGCUCGGUAGAGACGCGCUCGGUCUCGGUCGUCCUUCGAUGGGUGUCAGUACUGGUCCAACUCCCGGUCCGGGUGGCGAAGGAAUGGGAGCACUGGCCCUAACCCCACAUGCGGGUCCGGUAGGUCUUGGCGUGGGUGCGGGUCCAGGUAGUGGUGGCGGUGCGGGGUAUGUGGAUCCUUUCUAUGGGGGCAGAGAUAGGGACAGAGAGAGAGACCGGGAGCGCGAGCGUGAAAGGGCUGCUGAAAGGGGGGACCGAGAGCGGGAUCGAGAGCGGGAUACGAGGGACGUGAAAAGGAUAAAAACUGAGCGUAUGAAGCCUGACAGGCCUGGUGAUCCUUUCUCUCCUUCCCAGAAUCCGCUUCCCCACCACCAUCCACAUCAAUCCAUCACCCUCGGUUCCUCAAUACCUUCAUCCGGGCCUAAUGCCAAUGGCCUCACUGCCUCUACACCCACUACGUCCCCAAAUGUAUCAACCAAUCCAAACGCGAUUACAAACGCGAACGGCUCUACCUCAAGUGCGAACUUGAACGGUCCCGGCACGAACAAUGGCCUUCUUAGCGCGACACCGAAGCUUCCGCCUACGCCUGGCGUGGGCAUUGCCACCGGCGUAUCGCUUCCGCCGCCUCCGUACGCUGGACAGUCUCAGUCAGCGGGCGUUGUACAACAAAAUCAGCAACCUGGGCAGGAGGGUCAAAACGCGCAGGCCAGUACGAACGGAAGUGCCCCAUCAUCAACCUCAGUGAUUGACCAUUCAUCGGGAGGCCCGACAUCAGCGCCUGUCGACCUCAGCCUGGACCCGGUCAACGUACCGUCAGAACUCAAGAAGGAGGGCACAGACUGGUUCGCGGUGUUCAACCCGCACGCAGCAAAAGACACUGCGGGCGGCAAGAAGCGUGCGUUGGACGUUGCACUGCUGCAUAACCUUUCACACGAGAGUGUUGUUUGUUGUGUGCGUUUCUCGGCGGAUGGCAAGUACCUUGCAACAGGAUGCAACCGAACGGCUCAAAUCUACGACACGAAAACUGGUCAGAAAACCUGUGUGCUCGUCGACGAAGCUGCAAGCAAAACCGGUGACCUAUACAUUCGCAGCGUAUGCUUCAGCCCAGAUGGAAAGCUACUUGCUACUGGAGCUGAGGAUAAGCUUAUUAGGAUUUGGGACAUCGCGAAGAAGCGCAUUCGCACUGUGUACGAUGGUCAUCAGCAGGAAAUCUAUUCAUUGGAUUUUUCCAGGGAUGGCCGACUAAUUGUGUCCGGUUCUGGCGAUAAGACGGCACGUAUAUGGGACAUGGCAGAUGGAAGCACAAGCAAGAUCUUAACUAUCAAUGAGCCGGACUCCAUCGAUGCGGGCGUAACAUCCGUCUGCAUCUCACCUGAUGGUCGCCUCGUCGCCGCGGGUUCGCUUGAUACCAUCGUGCGCAUCUGGGACGUGCAAACGGGAGCACUUGUUGAGCGACUGAAGGGCCAUCGAGAUAGUGUCUACAGCGUCGCGUUCACGCCAGAUGGCAAGGGACUUGUCAGCGGCAGUCUUGACAAGACGCUCAAGUACUGGGACGUCCGUCCAAUCUUGCGCAGAGAUAGCUCAGCCGGUGCUGUCAUUACACAAUCGAGUGCGAAGAAUGGCAUAAAGGACGGGGGCGACAAGGGCAGCCAGUGCACGAUGAACUUCACAGGCCAUAAGGACUACGUACUUUCAGUUGCGGUAUCGCACGACGGGCAGUGGAUCGUGUCCGGUUCGAAAGAUCGAGGUGUGCAAUUUUGGGAUGCGAAGACCGCUGUCGUGCAAUGCAUGCUGCAAGGUCACAAGAACUCAGUUAUCUCCAUCGACCUCAGUCCAGCAGGGAGCAUUCUCGCAACAGGUAGCGGGGACUGGCAGGCUCGAAUAUGGAGCUAUACAGCAUUGUGA